AUGACGACCACCGAUGGAGAGCAGAUUCAGCCGGAGACGUACUUGGUGAAGCGCACGGAACACUGUCCCAACAGUGAUUUUCCUGUGCUUGUGUAUCGUGGAGUGCUGGGCACUGACGACGAGCUGGAUGAAGAUGAGGUAUCAGAGAAGUUGCAGCAGUACGGAUGGGUGAAGAAAGGGACUUGGGGAACGAUCACGUUGAAACAUUUCCAUCCCAACACUCACGAAUGUUACGGCAUCUUCCAAGGUCGUUCUGAGCUCGUCUUCGGCGAGGGCGGCUCUGAUCCUGCUGGCAGCGGCGUGCGGUGCUGGGUGCGACCCGGCGAUGUUGUUGUCGUUCCGGCCGGUGUGGCGCAUGCUUCCGUCACUGACGAAAAGGCGGCACCAGGGGAAAAGGAGUACCGGUAUGUUGGAGUGUAUCCUGAGGAAUCUCCGCAGUGGCGGAGUGAGAUGGGGAGGAAACCAUUACAGGAGAAGCAGGGUCUAGUCGAGGAGGUCGAAGGGGUGGGUUUACCGAGGAUGGAUCCUUUGUAUGGAGUCGAUGGGCCGUUGAUAAAGAUAUGGAAGGCUGCGAAGGGUUAA